GCUCCAGGUUUGCUCUUAGCGUGUCGCUCCUUCGCUUUCCCUAUCGUAUCUUGUUUAUCCGAAUACACAGUACAUAAGGUAGUCUUGCGGUCCAGGGCCAUCUGCGGCUUCUGCGCCGGCUGCCACUUCCCUGCGUCGGCGCUGAUAACAAGCUGGGAUCCCGGAAUCGUCAUUUAUAGAUCGAUCAUCAUCGCCGAACCGUACAUUUAUCUUGAGAUAAGCGGGUCUCCAGACGUGCAGAGUGCAGACCGACAACUGCACCCUAAUCAACUACCUACGUAUCGACCAGACGCGAUCGACGGUCUAGCAAAGAGUGGGCUCGGGCAAGAAGCAAGAGCAAGAAGAAGCAAUCUUUCCAUGCCGCGGCCACAAAGUUGCCAACACUGAUUUCUUAUCGCGCUCCUCGUCCGUCCGCCAUGCCGGUGAGCUUGAAGAUCGAUGGCCAGCCUGAUGACGACACGCGCAACCAAGAACCACCGCGAUCGCUCCAAGACCCCGUAUUUCGGCCACCUCAGACAUUUCGAUCCACAUCUGCAUUGGCGACCAUGGCUUCAUCCGAGCAGUCGCCGUCGCAGCAGAGCCACUACUUAGAGCUGGCCGAGUCGACUUUUACGCCUUUGUCCAUGGACAGCAGCGAAGUUUACCUAUCAGACAGCACCCAAAGCCGCGAAGGAGGUCGAAUUGCACAGAAGCUGAGUGCUGAAGCAGAGACGGACUGGCUGCUGCGCCGAGCCAGAAGUGCUGAACAUUUGAGAAGCAGCGCGUCGGCCAGCGUCAGCCCGGCCCCAGCUGGCAGCACGAUUCUUCGCGGCCCAGCGUCAACCGUCAGCGCCAUGGUCCAAUCGUUCGAGGCGCUCCACGCAGCGAAUGCUGCAAGGAAAUACGAGCUUCUCUCGGCAAAAAGUCAUGGCCAUCCCCCUGGAGGAGUGGUCUCACCUCCGUCGACCAUUUCGCCGUCUCCAUCAACAACUCCCAGCGGCGAGCACCACGUUGUUGCCGGCGCUCCUGGCGCUACUGCGGGUCCCGAUGCAGCAUCCCAGAUAAAGUUGACCGCAGCCCCUGUCACGGCGGAUACUGAUCCAUCAGUGCCUGACUUGAGUCCGUCCCGGGCACAUGACGAUUCCUCGGGUUUGUCACUUUCUGCUACAUCCGAACCCGCUCCUUUUUCGUCCGUCGCUGCAACCGACUCUACCCUAAUUCGACUUACACCCACAACAGCGAGUCCGCAAACCCCGAACCCAGCCAUUCCCAGCCCGACCCAGUCGCCCAUUGUUCGUACCUCGUCGGCCGCAAGUCUGACCCUCAGCCACCCCGCUCCGGAUGUGAACAAACGUUCCCAAGCAGGCGGAUUCCUCGGGAACAUUGCAGCUCUCGAGGCCUCUGCCGAGCGGCUGUCCAUGACUGAUUCCAUCGAACGCGCUAUCCGUGAAGAAAACGACGAACUGAAGCGAAGCGAGAGCCGGCGAUCGUCGGUACUUCAAGCGACUCGCGCGAGGGCAACCUCAGCGUCAGACAGCGCGUCGGCAUUCGGACAGUCGCAACUUAGCAGGCACAAUUCGAUACUGGAGAUUAACAGUGCAGCACGGAUCGGAGGAUACUCGCCUGGGGGUUACAUAAUGAGCCCGAACAAUUCCAUGUCGGCCGCCUCUACUCGUCUUCGCUCGGGGAGCAAAGCGAGCUCGGUUGGCAUGCCGCCGUCCAUACCAGGGCAUCCAGAUCCAAUCGAUAGUGACUCUGCCCAGGAAGUUCGCUUUCUCCCCCGGCAUGGCCCUGGAAAGGCAUCGACUAGAAGCGUCGCGAGCAAGCUGUCUCUCGUGCAGAUUGCUGAGCUUGAUCUCCCGACCGGCUUGACGAAGGAGGCAUUCGAGGAGGCCGAUCGUGCGGCUGCCGCGGGAGCAGACCCGGUAGAUGAGGAUGCUAUCCGGGCGAGCGCACAUCAGUUCAUCGAGGCAGAGUUUGCAGACGAAGUCGAUGUCUUGCAACCCAUGUUGGCACAGCCGGCUGCAGAUGAGCAAGCUGGGCGACUGCACCUUCACCAGCCGGAUCAGUACCCUCAUUAUAUGCCACAGGGGAGCAAUGAUGAGAGGCCGACGUCUUCGGGUUCCGGGGCAACGUAUGAUCAGGCACAGGCGGCGUUUGGUGACUUUGAUGGGGUUCACUGUGACCCUGAGGCUAGCGAUUUGCCGACUCCGGAGACGCAAGCAUUGCCCGAAUCGCAACCUCAGCCGCAAACUACCCUUCCCCCACGGCCCACGUCCUAUUUUGACCCAACAACAAGGCAGCAGAUGCUCUACUAUCCGGCGCCGGUCCCUGCUAUGCUGAAUCUUCCGCCCAAGUUGUCCAAGAAACCUAAGAAGGCGGCAGCGGCCAAGGACACACGCCGGUCUCAGAUCCUGAGUGCUAUGCCGCCCGCAGCUCGGGAAUCUCGGGUCUGGUUGCCCGACCCGCUCGAGGGCUUACGCGAUGGUCCAGACGAGGAUCACUUCUUGGGCGGAACUAGCAGCGAGGAGCAACCGCCAUCACAUGCCAAGCAGGCUUCGGAGGCGAGCACCAUCCAGCCUCCGUCUCCAGCCCCACAACCGCCAGAAAUCCGCAAACCUCCGCGGUUGACAGUUGGAGACAACCGCAAAUCGCGCUUGGGUCCCAUCGAUGGUGCGCCGCCACAACUGCGGGCAAGUGCCUUUUUUGAGCUGCCUUCAGCCCCUGUCAAGAUUGAGUUGAAGGGCGGUUCCGCUAUGGACACUUUGGAUAGUAUCCUCGAUGCUUCGGCAGCGGCUCCCGUCAAUGCCUUUACCGACCACUCUUUUGCCGGUAAGCUCGGUGCAGAGGUGUACGGACCGGAGAAGAAGAAAAAGGUGAAGAAAACAGCACCUGCAUCUGCACCUGCACCGACGGUUGAACCAAAGAGCCCUAGCGGGCCUAAGAAGCUUGUCAAGAGGAACUCCAGCGCCAACCUGCUUGAGCCGCCGACACCAGGGCACAAGAAACGAGCUAGCCACUUUUCCCUAUUCGGCGGGAAACGUGAUGCUGCAGAGGCAUCCGAUAGCGAUGUGGACGAAACCAGAAGCGGGCUGGCAGGCAUGCAGGACGACUCUCGUUCUCAUGACGGGCAAGCUUCCCCGAAUCAACUGGCCCCUGGCUCGGAUGAAGGAUCAGAGGAGGAGGAGGCGGAAGAAGAGGGAGAAGAGCUUUAUCAGGGCCCUCCCACAACGCUCCUUGCCGAACUGCAGCUGCGGAAACAACAAAACAAAAUGCGGACCCGUCCGCUCACGCAUGUCUAUCCUAAUGGUAUGCAUAGCACUCUCUUGGAACUGGAUGCCGUUGCGGAAGUGGAGCGCAAAGUCAGGAAGACAAAACGUGUCAAUCUCGCCUGGGAGGACCCUAACAGCAUCCCCGUCCGUCCGGAAGAUGAGGAUGAUGACGAUGUCCCGCUCGGCAUGCUCUACGUACAGAAGGCUACCGGCAACCGCUCGACCAUGGAUAUCAGCGCCCUGAUGAGUGAGGUUAACCGCCCACUCGGUUUGCUGGAGCGCCGCGAGCUGGAGGAUAACGAACCUCUGAGCCGCCGCCGCGACCGGCUGCAGGGCAAGGAGAGCACUCAAUUGCCCCUCUCCCUCGAGGUAAUGCAGAAACGCCUGAGCCACAUGCCGCUUACAAGCCCCGGCACCGGCCCUGCUGCUUCUGGUCUACGGUCUCAGUCCAGGCUUACCUUGCCCUUGCACUCCGGGGGCCGAUCCGUCGGGGGCUCCGUACCAGGCUCGGUCUCCGGCCAGGACCAGCCCGAAGCCGAGGAUAGCGAGCCCGAAAUCGAGGGCGAGACGCUGGCAGCCCGCAAGGCGCGCCUGGCUGCCGAGAAUCCGCUCCCUCGCGCUCGCCCGGUCAGUGGCGUCUUCUCAGCUGAAUUGCUCAGCCAGUUUGGCGGCGCCGACGACGAACCGUCUCAGUCUGACGGCAAGGCCAAGUCCACAGCCGGCGGGGCGCACAGCCGAAGCACCUCGGCGGAUUGGGGCAAACAGGACAAACCCCCAACCCUUGACGUCCCAGUUGCGGAGGAAGAAGAGACGCUUGGCCAGCGCCGGCGUAGACUGCAGCUUGAGCGUGAGGCCCGCGAGAGGGAAAUGGCUGCCGGCGCCCGCACCGCCACUCCUCUUGAUCCACUUAACGCCGCAAGCCGCCCACCACUUUCCCGACCGCUGUCAAUGGCUGACGUGCUCACUGUGCACCCCGUUGACCAGAACGCCGUGAGCCUGCACCUGCACCCGGCCGAACAGGAGCGCUUGAGGAGGGAAGCCGAGGCCGCCCGCGCCCAGAAGGAGAAGGAGGUCAAAAUGGCGAUGUUAAGGGCCCAGAUGCCGACCUCGUUGCCUGUCACGGCCGUCGGGGCCCGCACGGGGGGUUAUAUGGGCGGGAGGUUCAAUAAUGGACUUGGUGGGGCUGGGCCGAUGGCGGCGGGGAGUAGUUUGAGUUUGGGGUAUGGUGGUGGUAUGGCUCAGAUGGGGGUUGGGGUUCAGCAGCAAAGGACUAGUACCCUGCUUGGGACUGGGCAUCUGGCUGGGGGGCCGUAUGGAGCUGGGCCUGGGUAUGCGUCGUCGUCGCCGAAUGUGAAUAUGCUGCCGGUGGGCAUGCCGGCGGGUGCGGCAUAUGAUGGGAGGGGAAUGCCCAUGAACAUGAAUGGAGGGGGGAAUGAUAUGGUUGAGCGGUGGAGGCAGGGGGUGCUGCCUUGACCUUCUGUCUCGGGCUGAUCGAGUUGUGUUGUGUUCAUACAUAACAGGUUGAACACGGCACAGCACUGCAUUGGGUGAGCUUGAUACUUCAUGUUGGGUUUGCUGCAUUGCAUUCCAUAGCAUAGCAUAGCGUGUGAGGGUUACUUGUGGGUAGAAGUAGAAGUAAUAUAAAGAUG